AUGGAGAAGCCAAAGUUCAAGACUGUCCAAGAGGUGGUUGCAUCCGGCGAAAGACUACCAGAAAGAUAUCUCCAAACACCCACUGGUGACGAUGAAGUUCAACCUCUUAACGGUUUGGUGCCGGAGAUGGAUAUUCCGACUAUUGAUCUCAGUCUUCUCCUCUCUUCUUCUGAAGACGGUCGAAAAGAGUUGAGUAAACUUCACUCAGCGCUCUCUAAAUGGGGAGUUGUUCAGGUGAUGAAUCAUGGAAUUACAGAAGCGUUUCUCGACGAAAUUUACAAGCUAACCAAGCAGUUCUUUGCGCUUCCAACGGAAGAGAAACAGAAGUACGCGAGAGAUAUUGGUAAUGUCCAAGGAUAUGGAAACGACAUGAUUCUUGCGGAUGAUCAAAUUCUCGAUUGGAUCGACCGUUUGUUUCUCACUACUUACCCUGACGAUCAGCGACAACUUAAAUUCUGGCCUCAAGUUCCAGUCGGAUUCAAGGAAACUUUGCAUGAAUACACAAUGAAGCAAAAGCCAGUGAUUGAGCAAUUCUUCAAGGCCGUGGCUAGAUCGUUGGAAUUGGAAGAGAGUUGUUUUCUUGAGAUGCAUGGACAAAAUGCUAGAAUUGAUACAAGAUUCAACAUGUAUCCUCCAUGUCCUAGACCGGACAAGGUUAUUGGGGCUAAACCGCAUGGUGAUGGCUCGGCUUUCACUCUUCUCUUACCGGACAAAAAUGUGGAAGGCCUUCAGUUCCUCAAAGAUGGGAAGUGGUAUAAAGCUCCGAUAGUCCCUGAUACAAUUCUUAUCAAUGUUGGAGAUCUCAUGGAGAUAAUGAGCAAUGGAAUAUAUAAGAGCCCUGUUCAUAGAGUGGUGACUAACAAAGAAAGUGAAAGGAUAUCUGUGGCAACGUUUUGCAUUCCGAGUCCAGACAAAGAGAUUCAACCUGUAGAGGGGCUUGUGUCUGAGACAAGACCAAGAUUGUAUAAAACGGUUAAGAAGUAUGUUGAGGUCUACUUCGAUUCUUAUCAACAAGGUCGAAGACCUAUUGAAGCUGCCCUAAUCUAA